CUAUUUUCGUCCUUUGAAUGUGUUUCGAUUUGAUGCAUGACCAUGAGUCUGUGACUUCAACAUCUAGUCAGAUGGUGACAUAUCCUUAUUUGUCCCAAUUGCCGAGGAGUUCAUUGAAAGAUUGCUAGCUUCUUGGUAGGUUAGUAUUAUGGGAUCCAGUCGGCAAAAAGAUAAGAAUGGUAACCGUAGUUCAACAAAGGGUGACAGCAGUGAUGGCACAUCAGCUAGGACAAGACCUCUCAGUUUUGAUGAAAUUAUGCUUAGAAGGAAAAGUAAGGAAGAGGAAAAGGACACUCAGAACAAUUUUGUAGAAGCUGACAGCGUAUCACGUGAAGCAGACAGGCCUAAGAAGACCACUGAUUGUUUGGAACCUGAGCAAUACCGCUACGAGUCAUUACCUAGUGCUUCCAGGCAUACUUCGGAGGAUUCUAGGAAGUUAGGGCCAACUCCAACAGAGGAUAAUAUCAUGGCUGAUAAAUUUGCAGGGGAUAAACAUGGCGAAAGUAGAGAAUCAGAAAUCAAAUCAAAGACGUCAAUGAAUAAAUAUGUAAGCAAUGAGAGAUUAGCGGGUAGCAACACCGAUAAAGAUUGUCUUGUCCCGAGAAGAAAAGAUCAGGAUUUUAUUGAUGGUUCUGGAAAUGAAACUAGUAAAAGACAUUCAAGAGAUUUUGCCCGGAAGGAGAAAUCAGCAGAUAAAACUGACAGAAGACACGAUGAGGGAAGAAAAGACAAAACUCUUGGUAAGGAUGGGAGACAGUCAUACAGGAAAAGGAAAGAUAUGGAAAUGCCAAGUGAUGCUCUUCUGAAUGAGGCUGAGAAAAGGCAUUCAAGAAAUCACGGACGGAUAGAUAGUUAUGCUGACAGAACUAAAGAAAAGUCUGAAUCAGGGAGAAGGAAGCUCCAAAGGGAUGAUGAGGAGAGAAAUGAUGCUCCUCUGAAUGAGGCUGAGAAAAGGCAUUCAAGGAAUCACGGACGGGUAGAUAGUUAUGCUGACAGAACUAAAGAAAAGUCUGAAUCAGCUAGAAGGAAGCACCGAAGUGAUGAUGAGGAGAGAAAUGAUGCUCUUCUGAAUGAGGCUGAGAAAAGGCAUUCAAGAAAUCACGGACAGAUAGAUGGUUAUGCUGACAGAACUAAAGAAAAGUCUGAAUCAGGUAGAAGGAAGCACCGAAGUGAUGACGAGGAGAAAAAUGAUGCUCUUCUGAAUGAGGCUGAGAAAAGGCAUUCAAGGAAUCACGGAAGGAGAGAUAGUUAUGCUGACAGAACUAAAGAAAAGUCUGAAUCGGGUAGAAGGAGAAGUGAUGAUGAGGAGAGAAACAGAGACAAGAAUGCCGAUAGAAAAAACAGUUCAGUGAAAUCUGAAAUUACUGGAAGGGUUGAAGCUUCUCGGACUCAUCUAGAGGAAGAAAGACCAAAGAGAAGAAGGUCAAGAAGUCGAGAGAAUGAUAGAGAUCGAGGUAGAAGGUCUCGUUCUGGUUCACCAAGAGUACGUAAGCAUUUAUCUCAUGAUCUCAGAGAGCGUGGUGAGUUUUCCUCACAUUCUUCCAAAGAUAAAUCUGGAAGAUCACAUUAUGAUCUGGAUAAAAAGAUAUCCAGCAAUGGUUCAGAUAGCCACUCGAACCGCCAUGAAGAAUCUACAAGUGGCCUUGGUGGCUAUUCACCAAGAAAGAGGAAAUCAGAGGCUGCUGCUAAAACUCCUCCCCCAACUACUCGCUCUCCGGAACGAAAAGCUGCUGGGUGGGAUCUACCACCUGCAUCAGCUGGAACCAGUGUUACUAGUCCUGUUCCUUCUACUGUUAAGUCUUCAGUGCAGUCUGUAAUACCAAACACACGCCAGCUCCCUAGCGUGGUUCCUGCUAGUUCAUUCACGACAAAGGCUGCCGUCCUGUCAUAUAAUUACUUAUCGUCAUCUAUACAUGCAAUUGAUUCCGUCCAGCUGACACAAGCCACACGACCUAUGAGAAGGCUUUAUGUGGAGAACUUGCCAAACUCUGCCUCUGAGAAAGAUAUUCUGGACUGGAUUAAUAAUUUCUUGCUGUCUUCAGGAGUUAAUCGCAUUCAAGGAACACAACCAUGUAUCAGCUGUAUGAUACACAAGGAGAAGUGCCAAGCUCUUUUAGAAUUUUUAACCCCCGAGGAUGCUUCUGCUGCACUUUCUUUUGAUGGCAGAUCGUUCUCUGGUUCUAUUCUUAAAAUCAGACGCCCAAAAGACUUCGUCGAAGUGGCUACUGGUGUUCCUCAGAAGUCAGUGGCUGUAGCUGAUAGGAUAGAUGAUACUGUAGAGAAUUCUCCUUAUAAGAUUUUUGUUGGUGGAAUUUCAAGAACUAUUUCAUCAGAGAUGCUUAUGGAGAUUGCCAAAGCCUUUGGACCUUUGAAAGCCUACCAUUUCAGGAUAAGUUCAGAUCUCAAUGAACCUUGUUCAUUUCUUGAGUAUGUUGACCAUUCAGUUACUCUUAAAGCUUGCGCUGGUCUUAAUGGUAUGAAGUUGGGUGGAAAAGUGUUAACUGUUGUUCAGGCUAUCCCAGAUACUGCUUUACUGGACAAAGAUGAGAAUACACCUUUAUACCGGAUUCCCCAGCAUGCGAAGCCACUUUUGGAGAAGCACACGGAAGUACUAAAGCUGAAAAAUGUGGUGGAUGCAAAUGUACUCAAUUCUUUGUCUGAAGCAGAACUGGAAGAAUUAUUGGAAGACAUCAGAUUGGAGUGUGCCAGGUUUGGCUCUGUUAAAUCAAUUAAUGUUGUAAAGCAAACUCAAUGUUCUCUCACAUCUGAUCCUGCUGUUACGGAUACUGGCUCUACGUUGAAUGAGGGCAAUAUGGAGUUUGCUAAAGAGUUUGACAGAAAUGAUCCAUUGUGGGAAGUUGGUGGGUCACACCUCCCCAACAGUGAUGAUCAGAAGUUGGAAGUUGGUGGGUCAGACCUCCCCAACAGUGAUGAACCCAUGGAAACCAAUAAAACCGAGGAAUCUGAAAGAUGUGUUGAUGGUAAAACGCAUAUAUCAGAACCUUCAAAAGGUGAUUCUCAAAAGGCUGGAGGUGGCGAUGCUUUGGCUGGCGGCAGUCAUUCCGAUGAUAGACCUUCUGAGGAGCUAAUAAAAGAUGACAGCUCUGACCCUCUACCUGUUGAUGGUAGUGUGUCUGCUCGAGGGUCAAACUGCCAAGAAUAUUCUGAGGUUACCCCUGGAGUCCCUCCAAAUGAAAAGAAUACUGGUAUGGUUUUGGAAACGAAAGAUGAAAAUGCUAAUCCUAGUCCACUGGAGCGUCUUGAGACAAACAAUGAAUCAACAGUUAAGGAAGCAAUGAAAUCAGAGGAAGACAAUGGAAGUCUAGAUGGAGCUUCUGAACCGGGAUUCUCAUCGAAAGAGUUGGAUGCUCCAGAGAAACUUGAGAAAAAGGAAGAAAAUUCUGUUGAUGAGGUGUUGGAGCCUGGCUGUGUACUUGUGGAGUUUAGAAGAGCAGAAGCUGCAUGCAUGGCUGCUCAUUGUUUACAUGGACGACUGUUUGAUGACCGGAUAGUGGCUGUGGAGUAUGUUCCCGUUGAUCUCUAUCAGACAAAGUUUUCUAAACAAAAGUAAAUUAUUUUGGCCAAUUCAAUGCCCUUAUUUCCUGCAGAUCUGCCCAAACUUGAAUGAUGUUAACAUAGGAUUUCUCGAUGCUAUUCACAUAGCCAUCGGAGGCUUAACUGAAUGUUUUGUUCAGAAUUUUUUUUACCAUAUUGUGCCUUAGUUAACCUUUUGCUAGUGCGAGAGUUGUAGCAAAUUUUCCUUGUACCAGACUUGGAGCGGAAUACAUGUUUUUCUCCCACAUGUAGAAUGGGAGUAUACUUUUGUCCAAGAAAUGAGCCAUUGUAAUAUGUUAAAUUUGUCAUUAAA